AUGCGUGCACAUAAUGAUACAUCUACUUCAGUUCAAGAUAUGUUAUCUUCAUUGAAAGAUUUUAUCACUAAUUUAAAUGAAAAAAAUAAAAAGAUUGAUGAUACAUUAAAAACAACCAAGGCAAUUGAAAAAAAAUUACAUGAUUUAAGUCAGUUUAACGAUAACACAGAGGAGGGAGAAUCGUUGAAAGGGUAUUAUGGAAAUAGUGAAUACAAUAAAAUUAUAGAUCGCCUACGACUUGAAAAUGCUACAAUUAGAGAAUUGAAAGAAGAAAGGGGAGAUUUAAGGGUUUUGUUGCAAGAUUAUCAUAAUACCUUGGAAGUUGUUAUGAAAAAACAUCGACAAAUUGUGAGUCAAAUGUCAGCAAUGCCAAAUAUGGAGGAAGUUAUAAGAAAGAUGGAGUGUAAAUUAAAUGAUGCCUGCUACAAAGUUCAUGGUGAUAUGAUUUUUAGUGCUGUAGCUAAUGAGGUUCUUCAUGAUCUUGAUAUUUAUGAGAAUGCCAAUAGAGAUAAAGAUGCAAAAAUGGCUAGACUUGAAUAUGAAAAUGAAAUUCUUUAUGGAUUGUUAUUUAGUACAUUUAAAAGAAAAAAAUUAUUUAAAAAAAGUUUAAAAAAAACAUUAAAUGGUAAUUCUGAUAGUAAUGAUACCAUUGUUGACGAGGAUAACUCAUCUAAAUUAGUUUUAGAUGAAACUUUUUUGGAAAACAACGAUGAUUUCUGUGAAGAUGAAGCAUUAAAUUUGAGUUCACAAUCCGGGUAUGAUUCCGAUGAUUCAAUUCAAACAGUAAUAUAUAGAAAUGAUGAGCCAAAUAAAUAA